GGAAGAAACAAGCGCAUUUGGCUCGGAACAGUGCAUUUCCAGCUUGAUGUCGUGAUUGGUGUUACACAAAUAUGUGUCCGGUUGUGACUGUGAACAGCUUCCUGUCUGUCAGAGGACGAAUUGCUGCACGGUUAUUCGAUAGCUGACCGUGUGGUGGUCUGACAGGUGUCCAACAUGGACUGGGUCGGUUAUGGUUAUGCAGCUCUCAUCGCUUCAGGAGGAGUGUUUGGAUAUGUGAAAGCAGGCAGUGUUCCCUCCCUGGCUGCUGGUCUGCUCUUCGGCAGUGCUGCAGGCUUUGGUGCCUACCAGGUUUCCAAUGACCCUGCCAAUAUUUGGGUGUCGCUUGCAACAUCCGGUGCCCUGACCGGGGUCAUGGGAAAGAGGUUCUACGCUUCCAGGAAGUUCAUGCCAGCUGGUUUGAUGGCCGGAGCCAGUUUGCUGAUGGUGGGGAAACUCAGUCUGGCGCUGUUCAACAAACCUGUUCAGUCCUGAAGAUCACUUUGUUAAAGUUAACCCUUCUAUAAAAGUAUAGCACUGUUUGUAUAAUAAAAGAAUGAACCCAUCUGU